AUGAGCUCAAUUAAAAUCUAUUAUACCAGCGUGUCUGGAUCCAGGGAGGUGAAGCAGAGACAGGAAGAAGUUACCAGAAUUUUAGAUAUUUACCAAAUAAAGUAUGAAUUAAUAGAUAUUUCUGUCAGUUUGAAAGUACUUCAAGAAAUGAGGAUGAAAGUUUCCACCCCUAAGGCACUACCACCUCAGAUAUUCAAUGGCCAAGAAUAUUGUGGAGUAAGAGAUUUUGAAAUGUUUCACAAAGCAAAGGAGAACAAAGAGAUUCUGAAAUUCCUCAAGAUGGAAUGA